AUAUGCUCUUUAUUGUUUUCAAAAGAAGGGGCUGUGCUCUGUUUUCUGUCCAAGUUCAGAGAAACAAUGACAGGCGAUAUUGCCUCUGCUGUUUCAGAAAUACUUAAAGUCUUGUGUACCUUACUUAAAAAGCGAAGAAAGAGUUCUAUCUUGCAGAGAUAUGCAAAGGCUUUAUUGAGUCAAUGUACUUUUAUUGCUAAAAAAGCAAGUGCAAACAAUAGAUCAAUUGCUAUUGAAGUGAUUAUGGUCAUGGUAGAUCCAAGAAAUCGAUAUGAUCCACACGAACUCAAUGUACCUGCUCUUUAUGAAAUAUUUUCAGGGCAAUAUAUCACUGAAAAGAAAUCAGCCAUUGUGAAAGCAAAAAUAUUGGAAUUACUAGGCACCAUUGCAAGAUUCUACCCUCAAGUAGUGACGGAAACAAAGCUCAAGACACUAAAGAGAUGGUGCUUUGACAGUGUAACUCAUCAAGUUAGCAAUCAAGCCAAAAGCGCAGGUGAAGGAAACAUUAUCAGUGGUGGUCUGACAUGUAUCAAUUCUUUGUUACGCCGUCCUGAUCUUGGUAUCACUUGUGGAUCCGAAGAAAGCAACAAACUAUUUGAUGUUCUCGUCAAAGUCUUGAUUGGGUUUAAAGACGCUACUCGUUUUGCUGCUCCUCUUUCUGCUCUUGUCUUGUUUAGGGAAAAUGCAAAAUUAUUCGGUCAUCUCAUCUUGCCUCAUUGCGAAAAACUGUAUGAUUGCUUGCAGUUUUGGGCUUCACAUCAUAACGUAAUCUCCUAUAAGUUUGGUGUAGCGGCUUAUGAGGAGUUCUUGAGACAGGCAAGUCUUUCUGUUGUUUUGUAUGAAAACAUUGAAGGUAUACGGGAAACUGCUAUCUUUGCUGUAAAUUACAAUUAUCUCAUCUCUUAUCAAAAUAGAGCAAACAACAAUCAAAGGCAAUACCUUCGCCAUCUUCCUGCAUUUAUCAAAUCAUAUACAUUAUUUGCAGAAGAGUUUGAAACAGUACCUGUAGAGCUAAUGGAAACCAUUCAUCAAAUGUGUGAUAUCUUUAUUACAAGAUAUCAUGACAUCUCAGGCUUUUAUAGAAGAAAUGGUUGCUUGAAUAUCCGUAACCUCUUGACUAUGCUCUAUAAAAAGAGCGAAGGUGUAUUUGGGAACUUUGCCAAUGCAUUCUUUCAAAAGGCAUUGAUAUGUACCUGUACAACAAUUCGUACAUUAGAAGAAGAAGAAGAUCGCCCACUUUAUACUGAACUGCUUUACUUUUGGGAAAUCAUUUUAGGUAGAUCAAGACAACAGUUUAUGCAAGUCAAGACAGAAGAAGACCCCAAGCAAAAAGAAGACGAGGAAGAAGAUGAAGAGGACGCUGUCUUUGAAAGUGUAAAUCAUUUUUAUCAAGAGAUAGAUACAGUGGAUACUGAAGGUUUAUCAGAAGCUAUCUAUGAUGCGUUCAUGGCGAAUUCUCUUAAGCUUAUCAAGACAUUUAACCUGAAGCUCAAAAAUAUAGACGAAGAUGAUGUAGUGAGUGAGGAAGUAAAUAUCGUGUCCAAAACACUUUGUCCUGUGAAUCAAAAAGACUUUAUUUUAUUUCAAAACUUCGUUAAAUUCUGGUCUAUUAUCUUUGAAGAAAUCGACCAUUCUCGCUUGACACACUGGGUCUAUAUUGCAAGUACAACCAUUAUUGAUCAAAGUGUACUACAUCCUUUGGUGAGUGGGUUUUAUCGAAUGCAAGCUGGCAUGAUGAUUGUCUGUGAGAGACUCCAGUUCUUUAAACGGUGUCACUUGUUUUACACUCAAGCAAAAUCAAACACUAACAAAGAUAUCCUUCCAAAGCCUCAAGAAUAUGUCACUUAUCUGGCUAUUCGUGAAUAUAUGAAGGAAGUGUGGCAUAGGCUUCAACAAUUCACAGAUGAAUUAUUGGCGUCUUGUCUUCAUUUGAUCUUAUCAUAUCCUGUCGAGUUCUUUGAUAUCGGAGAAUUAAUCACACCUCUUGAAAAAGCACUUAAGCUUGGUAUUACUUAUCAUCCUCUUGCUGCUAUUGCCAUGGAUAGCUUGGAAAAACUGCUUCAUCCUAAUCUCAACUAUAAUAUUGAUUCUACAUUUUUAUCACGUAUCUUGCCUUGUAUUAACGAAUACCUUCUGGUUGGUGUUGUUUCUUUUAAUGAAGAAGAGGGGAUCAAGAGAAAGGACUUGAAGAUACCCACAUCACAACAGCGCCGAUACGAAGUCGCCAAUACAAAAAAGACAGCAGGUCAAUUAGGUGUUGUUAAACGUAAUUACUCUGAUCUUCCUGCACUUCAGAGAAGGAUGAUGCAAUUCCUUGGUAAAUUGGGUGGUAAAAACAAGCAAUUGUUGCUCAAAGACGAUGAGUCCUUGCAAGAUAGUGGCAUGCUUGCUUGGGACCCUGAAAAAAGAGUAGAACUUCGUAUUCCUUUCAAGAAUGUCAAGGUCACUAUCUAUCUAGAUGAAUAUCUUCCACGUAUAUUGAAUCAAGCGGGACCCAAGAAAUCUCUUUUCCAUAUUUUCUACCUUCAUAUAUUUCCUGUCAUGCUAAAACUGGCAAAUGAUCCUGAUCAAAUCGCACGAGAAAUGUUUCAAGCUCUUUAUGCACAAGUUAUUCAUUGGCUUACCAAUAAUGCACAAUCAGAAAACAAUGAAACAAUUGCUUUACUGCAAGCGCUUUUAGAAGCAUCUUGUAGCUCAGAUGCAGGUCUCCGGGACUAUGGAGCUGAAUGUAUCCAAGAAUUUGUGAAAUGGUCUAUCAAGCAAACAUCUCGAUCUACUGACAGUGCUCAUAACAUCAGAUCAUUACUAAGAAGACUCUAUAAUUUAAUGACUAGUCCAAGCACAUCGAAGCGAUUUGGUGCAUCUUUGGUAUUUAACCGAAUUUACCGCCUCUUCCGAGAAGAGCCUGUUUUAGUCAACAGUUAUACGUUAGAAAUUCUGGGCCAGUUGUUUGUCAGCUUGAAAAUAGCAGAAAGCGAUCAUCCAUCAGUUGGUACUCGAGACCAAAUCAUUGAAGCCAUUUCACAUAUUAGACGCAUUAUUCGAGAAAAAUCCUCUGUCUUUUUGAUUCAAAAUGAUCGACAGGCUUUCAUUGGUAAUCAAUCCGUCAACGAUCUUGUAAGUCUUGUCCUUUGGACUUUUGAGCAAAGCGGGAAGCUUCAGCGUACCUAUGCCAAAGUGUGUAUUAACUUUUUCACUGAAUUUUGCGUAUUUUUACCGGGCAUCAAAACACCUAAACAAUGGCUCUCAGCGCAACUUUCCGCUAAUUCUCUUUUCUUGAUCAAUAUCUUUGAAACUGAUCAACUAAAGCCACCUUCAGUAGCUGACGACGACGAUAAUCAAAUGAUGACUAUUUAUCUCCAUUGGAUUAAGCGCUUAAACAGCACAGUUGAUGGUUACAUUUGGCUAGUUGAACGUCAAAUCAUUGAUCCGUUUACAUUACUCGGACUACCAUCUUCCAUAUUCUUACUUGCAGUCUCCUUUUUUGUACGAAACACACCUUUUGACUAUCUUGAAGAGAAGUUGGAAGAAAGCGUUAUUGAACGAAACAAACUCCUGUCUAUCUAUACACAUAUCGCCACUAGAUUGAUUUAUUUCUUUGAUCUUGUACUUCGCUCUCAGGAACAAGGCGAUCAAUGUUACCAGUAUCUUGAACGUGUGUUUAUGGACAUCUUGUGCCAUAAAAACUUUACAAAUAUCGUUGCAUCUACCUUACUCUUACCCAAAGAAACAUCAGAGACAAUACAAUCGUAUCAGGGCAACGCGAUUACUCAGUCUGGCGUGAAGCGCAUGUUUGACAUUGCCAAGAGCUACAUUCUGAUAAUGAAAGAGAAGUCUUGUUGGAAGUUUAUUGAUGGCUUGACAGUCUCUAUUAUCAAGACUUUGCAGUCAAAAAAAGUGGAUAUUCUAAUACAUGCUUCUUUGGAGAUGGAACGAUCAGUUUUAAUUGAAGUCAUUCAAACCGUGGACGGUAUUCGGUUUCUUCAGUCAGUUGGUUUGUUUCACUUAGUCUGUCAACAGGCAAAUGAAUUGAACGAAGAUUACCCAAAAGAUGCAACUGAGUAUUGCAAGAGGCUCUUUGAUAAUUACCUCAAGUCUUGCAAAAAAGCAGAAGAACCUCUUCAGCUUCAAUUGACAGGCAAUUCUAUUGCCAUCUGCUUCACUCAGCUAGGGUUUGCAAAGGAAUAUGCUCCACAGCUAUUGGGUAUAAGUGGAUAUCUACAACCAUUGGAAAAGAUAGAAAAGACAGAAAUAUUUCAAAAACAUGCUGAAUAUAUGGUAGAAUCUAUUGCUAAUCAUUUCGAAGUCUUUUCUUUGGUUUUCAAAGAAAAUAUAUCUUCCCCUGUAAUGCGUGAAUACUUGUUCUUGUUGUUUGAAUUUCUCGAAAGCAACAAACUAAGUCAUCGAAAACUGGUCUGGAAUAUAACAAACCAUGUAAGCUACUCUCAGACAUUAAGCUGA